AUGGCCGCGCUCAACGCCAAAUUAGCUGAAGAAGACAGCGCCGAGAUGCUCAAGGACAUACAAGAUCUGAUUAAAAAAUCUCAGGUCAGAUUUGCGCCCCCUCCAGAAGCUGAGCUGCACUCGGGCCACUUUGUGGGACCCAUUCAGUACAGAAUAUGGAAGCGCAUGAGAAGCUGUCUCUACCCAAACAUCACAGCAGUGACGCUGGACCCAGAGACAGCCCACCCUCUGCUGUCCGUGUCGCCGUCGUGCACUUCGCCGGGCUUCAACGCCGCCGGAGACGCGCCGGGAUAUGGGCAGGACGAGCCCAAACGCUUCCGGCACAACGACUGCGUGCUGGGUCGCAAGGGCUUCAGCGCGGGUCGGCACUACUGGGAGGUGGAAGUGGGCCGCAAGACGGCAUGGAGGCUGGGCGUGGCACGGGCCGACCUCCCCCGAGGGGAGAUGGUGGCCACGGGUACCUCCGCCGGUCUUUGGACUUUGGCCCUGAAGAAUGGAGACAUUUUGGCUUGCACCGAUCCCACGCCUGUCAGGUCAACGUGGCGCUUCUCCCAACUCGCGUGGGCGUCUUUCUCGACUGCGAAAAGGAGGAGAAGGCUUCUGCUUCCUUUGUACCCCUUCUACAACCCGUGCGAUGACGACAACGGCAGGAACACAGCUCCCAUUAGCAUCUUUAGCCCCUCGCUAUGA